UCAAUAUCUAGCUUCCCCAAGGGCCAAGGCCAACAGUAUCUAAUAUUAUCCAUUAAACCAUGCCACGUGUUUCCUUUCUAUUUGACACCAAGAUCACAAUUUUAUCUGAUUGCUUAAGCAGUAUUGCUGUGCGCCACAAUCUCCAAAUCCGAAACUCUCAACCAACCCCACAAAAUUCCUGGUAGCCCUUUACUACACCUUGUGUUCAUUAUAUCUGUUACUAAUUCUCCUUAUAGUUUACACUAUAGAAUCUUUCUGAAAAAAAUAUUUCCAGCAAGGAAAAAUAAACUACAAUGGCUACACAAGCAUUGGUCUCAUCGUCGUCCCUCUGUUCAUCCGCAGAGGCCACCAGACAAGUUCUUAGUGGCAGGCCAUUACAUUCUUCUUCAAGAAGAGUUUCAUUUGUUGUCAAAGCUGCUUCUACUCCACCUGUCAAGCAAGGUGCAGACAGGCCUUUAUGGUUUGCAUCCAAGCAGAGUUUAUCCUAUUUGGAUGGAAGCCUUCCCGGUGACUACGGAUUCGACCCGUUGGGCCUGUCUGACCCGGAAGGCACGGGUGGUUUCAUCGAGCCCAAAUGGCUGGCCUACGGCGAGAUCAUAAACGGGCGCUUCGCCAUGCUGGGGGCUGCGGGGGCCAUCGCCCCCGAGAUCCUCGGGAAGGCGGGCCUCAUCCCUCCCGAGACAGCCCUCCCGUGGUUCAAGACAGGGGUCAUCCCGCCAGCUGGCACCUACAACUACUGGGCCGACUCCUACACAUUGUUCGUCCUCGAGAUGGCGCUCAUGGGCUUUGCCGAGCACAGGAGGUAUCAGGACUGGGCCAAGCCCGGCUCAAUGGGGAAACAGUACUUCUUGGGCCUUGAAAAGGGCUUGGGUGGCUCGGGUGACCCGGCCUACCCUGGAGGCCCGUUCUUCAACCCGUUGGGUUUUGGAAAGGACGAGAAGUCGAUGAAGGAGUUGAAGCUGAAGGAGGUCAAGAAUGGGAGGCUGGCCAUGCUGGCAGUCUUGGGUUACUUCAUACAGGGCCUGGUGACGGGCGUAGGCCCGUUCCAGAACCUAUUGGAUCAUUUGGCCGACCCGGUCAACAACAACUUGUUGACCAGCCUCAAGUUUCACUAAAACCUUGUGUAGUGAUAAUAUUUUGUGACUCAGUCCUAUAUUGUAAUGCAUCAUAUUUGUAAUAUUCAUCACAUUGUGCAGAGUGUAAUUUCGUUUUUUUUGACGACGAAACCUAGAAAUCGACUUUUGCUGGUGCAGUCGCCAAAUCUACACAUUAUGAGUAAAGGUAGUCCAUACAUUCUAAAACACGGUGAAAAUGAAAUUUUUGAAAAUUUGAAACACAUGUUAGAAAUGAGAAUAUGAACAAAAGGAUGCUACGAGUAAACGUCGGAAUAGCCAAUGCGCAUGAUCUGUUUUUAACUACCUUUUCUCGUCUUAAGAUUCCUCGGGUACUUUCUACCACAUUAGUACACCAUAAUUACACACAUGAAGCGAUUUAUAAACUUAAGGAAAGAGUCUUACACAUGG